AUGGUCGGAAGACAUGGUCUGAAUGCCUUCGGAAGCGGCAAGCCCAGCACAAGCUCUGGGGUCAGCACCAAACCCAGCACCGGCACCUUCCGACACGGUGGAAAUCCGUACAAGCCCAAACCAGCCAUCUUCCGUUUCCAGGACGGGGCAAACCACGCACUGGAGGAUGAGAGGAGGAACCAGCUCAAGCACAAGCUCAUAGACUCGGUCAAGGGCGACGAGCUCGAGAAGUUCCGCAAGACAGAUGACCAGCUCAAGGCCAUCAAGGACAAGAAGAUCAGGCAUUUCUACGAAGACCAGAACGAGACCCUGGACGACUGGCUCGAAAUCGACUCGGUCGUCCGCAGCAUCGCAGACGAUAUCCUCGAGUCUUUCGACCCCGACAGAGACCAUGACGGGCACCGGGAACACGCCGGCAAUCUGCAGCUGCAGAACGAAGACGUCGAGGCAUUCCUCCCGCAGCAGGAAAUCGACCACCGCAGGAAGGCCGAGAGAAACGCCCGAAGGGCCAUCAACGUUAACGUGGUCGCCAACAUCCUGCUGCUGGCCGCCAAAGUAACGGCCUGCUUCUUCUCCUCAUCGCUGUCCCUCAUCGCCUCGACCGUUGACUCGGCCCUGGAUUUACUUUGUACCAUCAUCGUCUGGACCACCAACCGGCUGGUGCAGUGGCGUCUCACUGCUCUCCAGCGACGGUUCCCUGUCGGCCGCAGAAGGCUCGAGCCGCUCGGAAUCUUGGUCUUCUCUAUCUUCAUGAUCCUGUCCUUUGCACAGAUCCUGCAGGAGUCGGUCGAGAAGCUCAUGCCUUCAGGUGACCACACAACCGUUAACCUCGGAGUGCUCGCAAUGGCAGCCAUGAUAGCAACCAUCGUGAUCAAGGGCAUAAUCUGGUUUGGGUGCAUCAAGGUGAAAACAACGCAGGUCCAGGCCUUGGCACAAGACUGCAAGACAGACGUCUAUUUCAACGUCCUGUCGCUCUUGUUCCCCCUGAUAGGAAAGCAGGUCGACGUCUGGUGGCUCGACCCCACUGGCGCCGCCAUCCUGUCUCUCUUCAUCAUCUGGGACUGGGCCGGUACCGCCUUCGAAAACGUCACGCGGCUGAGUGGCUCCGCGGUCGACGACAGGCUGUUCCGGAAGCUCAUAUUCCUCGCGUGGCGGUUCGCACCAAUCGUUGAAGGCUUCAAGAAUGUGCAGGCUUACCAUGCCGGUGAUGGCGUCUGGGUUGAGGUGGACAUUCUCUUGGAUCACCGCACACCUCUCAUGAGAUCCCACGAUAUCGCCGAAACACUACAGUACUGCCUUGAGGGCCUACCCGAGGUCGAUCGCGCAUUUGUGACGACCGAUUACGCCGAGUCAGGCCCGACUGGACACAGUUCCAACCAAUGCUGA